CUUAGACAGGGCUCCGCCUGCUGCGGCCCCAGCCAUAAAAAGGCCGGUGGGAGAGUCGCCGCCGCAGCCGCCGCCCCCGACCCAGUGUGUCCACACCAUGGCCGGCUCCAGCCUCGCCUGCUGCCUGCUCGGCCUCCUGGCGCUGACCUCCGCCUGCUACAUCCAGAACUGCCCCCUGGGCGGCAAGAGGGCCGCGCUGGACCUCGACGUGCGCCAGUGCCUCCCCUGCGGCCCCGGGGGCAAAGGGCGCUGCUUCGGGCCCAGCAUCUGCUGCGGCGACGAGCUGGGCUGCUUCGUGGGCACGGCCGAGGCGCUGCGCUGCCAGGAGGAGAACUACCUGCCGUCGCCCUGCCAGUCGGGCCACAAGCCGUGCGGGAGCGGUGGCCGCUGCGCCGCCGCGGGCAUCUGCUGCAACGACGACGGCUGCCGCGCCGACCCCGCCUGCGACGCCGAGGCCGCCUUCUCCCAGCGCUGAGCCGACGGCCGGGACAGCGGCGCAGCGCGCCCCUCGCCCCUCCGCAGCCCCCCCCCCCCCCCCCCCCCCCCAGAAAUAAUGAAAUAAAAUAAAGCAGAAUUUUCUCCCCCUGCAA